AUGAGUUUUCACUUUCUUGAUUGGUCGCAAUGGGAUCAAACAGCAACCGUUGAAAUGAUCAAAACAGCAGCUAGUCAAGCUUUGAAUAUGGGUCCUCCGAAUCCAAUGUUAUGUGCACCAUUGUCUGUGAGUGAUUUUUCAUUCGGAAGUGUAACUCCAAAAUUUUCCAUAGAAAAGUUACCCAAACUAUCACUCACUCAACAAGAAAUACAUUUACGAUUUUUCUAUCAAGGAGAUGGUUAUAUUAAAUUAAAAACCAGAGCACAAAUUAACAAAUUAGUUCCGAAUAAUCAAAGUUAUUAUGGAUACAGUCUAGGAAUUGGUAAUCAAAUGGUUGGACAAUAUCCAGUUGAAAUGCCUUUGGAAAUUACAAUUAAAGAUUUAAAAUUGGACGGUUUAUUAAUUAUUAAAACAGAUACAUCAGCAAUUGAACAUACAAAUAUAAAGGAUUUAAUUAAUUUAUCUAAACAUAAAGAGGACUCGGAUCAAGUUAAAGAUAAUUUAUUGAGCAAGGAACCAUCAAGGGAAUGCGCAGUUUUUGUUCAAUUAAUGAAUAAUCCUCUUGAAUGUAUUGAUGUUUAUAGUACUUUUGAAGAGGCCAUUCCACAAUCAAAAUCAAUAUUUGUUAAUAUGAUUAGAGGAGAGGCAGAACAAGGUAUUUCAGAACUCAUGAAAGAGCCUAAAAGAAUACCACUCAAUCUCAAUGAGCUAGCCAUUGGUAAAUCAAAAAAUGUAGAUAAUGUAUUUGGAAUUUAUUCAAGUAAGAUUUUUACGAUACAACCAGGUGCUGAAUAUAAUGUUGUGGAUUUAGAAGGAUCAGGUUUUGGAUUUUCAACAGGAGGAUUGGCCAAGUUUAAUUUUACAACUAAACAAUCGGCCGAUUCUGCAAAUCUUGUUUUUGUAAUGCUUCCCUAUAAAUUCUGGGCAGUAUUACACUCGGCAAAGUGGGAUAGUGAUCCUUCAUAUGCUCAAUAUAUGUGUGAUAUUCCUUCUAAAUUGAGAAUUCCAAUCACAUCUUCAAGUAUUGAUGCUGUAGUUUCUUAUUCUGAUAAUGAAUUGGUUGCAUUGGAUGAUUACUCUUAUUCAAUUUCAAAAUCCAUUACUAUUGAUACAUCUUCCCACUACUCUCUUCUCUUGUUGAAAUGUGAACCUUCUGCACCAAGUGCAGCAUUAUCUAUAAGAGUAGAUAUGGAACUUAUUAAUCCUAAUGGACAACAUUUGAGUACUCAAAAGCACCCUUACAUUUUGAUCUAUUUCACUUUGAUGAUUGCUAAUGGAGCAUUGUUGACCUAUUUAUUAUUCUUCUUCUUGAAAAACAAAAGACAUAUUUUCCGUCUUCAAAUUGUAAUUGGAGUAGCAAUCAUUUUGCAAAUUAUCAGUCAUGCCUCUGUAUUUACCUAUUUCGAAUAUAUUAAUAUUGAAGGAAAAAUGUCUGAUGCUCUGGAUAUUACAUUAUCUGUAAUAAGUGUGUUUGGAGAUACAGGAUUUUUACUCAUGUUAUUAGCUAUUUCAAUUGGAUAUUCUAUUAUGGAAGAUUCCCUCAAUCCAAAGGCAAAAUUUUUGUUCAUUUCCUGCUUUGUUGUUUAUUUAGGUACAAGAAUUAUGUAUGCAUUUUGUAAGGACUCCUCUAUUUGCUCUAUUUUCCUUUUGGUAUUCAGAGUGGUUAAAUUUGUAAUCACUUUUGCAAUUAUCAUAGCUAUGAAUCAAACAAUAGAUAGACUUAGAAUACAAGCUGCAGAACAACAGUUCAGUAACGAUAACCAAAGUGAAGUGUUCAUCAAGAUGAAGAAGUACAAAGCAUUCAGAUUGGCAUUCCUUCUUUACUUGAUGGCUCCUGUAAUUUCCCUCUUUGUACAAUAUACUAUUUUAACAUGGGUUAAUUUUUGGGUGUUGUCCAUGAUUGAAGAGCUAUUGGUAUUUUACAUGAACUAUUUUGUAGUUACCAACUUUUAUCCACAAGCUUUCGAUGUAUCAAGACCACAUCAAGAUUAAUUUUUACUACCAUUAUUAAAUUUGUUAAUAAAGCUCUUCAUUGUUGCC